GUUUCGUCUUCAGACAAAGAGGCAUCUCUUUAUUACUCUUUUCCACUACUACUAAACACAAACUUAAAAAAAGAAAACCAUUUUCACAGAAUUUCUUACAGUGGGCUUGAACAAGACUGUGGUUUGUUCUAGAGAGAUAAAACGGCAGUGUUUAGAGAGAGAUAUGGAAAGAAAGGCCCUGAUUCUAUGCUGUGUUGUUGGUCUCUUGGGACUGUUAUCAGCUUCUACAGGUUUUGGUGCAGAAGGCACUCGAAUUAAAGGUUCUGAGGUUCAGUUUACAUCUGCCACACAAUGUACAUAUCCUCGGAGUCCUGCUCUGGCUCUUGGUCUGACUUCAGCUACGUCACUUAUGUUAGCUCAAGUGAUUAUUAAUGUCGCAACUGGAUGCAUUUGUUGCAAAAGAAGCCCUCAUACUUCCAACUCAAAUUGGACAAUCGCUUUACUCUGCUUUGUCGUUUCAUGGUUCACAUUUGUGAUAGCUUUUCUUCUAUUACUUACCGGUGCUGCACUUAACGAUCAACAUGGUGAAGAGAGCAUGUACUUUGGGAAUUACUACUGCUAUGUUGUCAAACCAGGAGUCUUUGCAGGCGGCGCGUUGUUGGCUCUUGCAAGCGUCACCCUUGGCAUUCUCUACUAUCUAACUUUAAACAUAGCAAAGAGUGUUAAUCAUCAAUGGGGCAACCCUCCUCCUGUUUCUAAUCCCGGUACUGGCAUCGCCAUGGGACAUCCUCAUAUCCCCCAACCACAGAGCACUCGAGAUCCCGUUUUCGUACACGAAGAUACUUACAUGAGAAGGCAGUUCGCUUGAUUAGUAAAAUUCUCAAAAUUGCAUAUUUAUUAGUCUCGAUGACUCUGGCUGCAGGACAUUAUGUAGAAAGGUGACCGUUGCAGCACAAUGUUCCGGUCAUUUUUUUUGCUGUCAUUGACUCAUUGGCGUAUUCACCUUCAUGUGUUUCUCUUCCAUGAUUCCAUGAUCUGACUUUACAAAUUAUAUAUGUAAAUAUACAGUUUGGUUCCGGUUUAGAGUCAAUUCCUGAUUGGUUUCGGUUCACUGAA